GAGCAGACGGCAGCGCGCUGACAAGCAACAGUUGCCGUCGUCGUUUACGUCGGGAACUGCCGUCUGCUGCUGACGCCGUCUACUAUUCACUAUUAGCCGCCCAAAAAGUCGUUUGUUGUCACAGUGCGCUGUAGCUGCUGCUUCGGAAGCUCAGGUGUAUGUGCUUAGGGGAAACCUCAGCGAAUAGACCGCCCAUCAUCUGUUGCAAGCGCACGCUCGGAUCGAGGAGACGUCGACAGCGCUCGGACUGUUGCGGGAUUCCUGGCACGUUCUGCUGAGAAAGUUUUCCCCCAUCCGGCAGCAAGAAUGGCGGCGCCAGUUUCGAGCGAUGAAAAUUCUGAGAAGUUCAUUUGGGCCAUCAAGAACGGAGACCUUGACACCGUGCAGGAAUUUGUUGAGUGCAAGGGAAUCGAUGUCAACCGUCUUCUGGAUGAUGGCCGACCUCCAUUACACCACGCCGCGGACUAUGGACACACUCAUGUGUUGAGGUAUCUCCUCUACAGUGGCGCUGACGUUAAUGCUGAGGACAAAUACGGGAUAACGCCUCUUCUGGCCGCUAUCUGGGAGGGUCACACUGAAUGCGUUACUUUGCUCUUGAAUAGGGGUGCCUCCGUUACGGACAAGAAGACUCCCGACGGAUUGAGCUACUUGGAAGCAGCGGAGAAGCCCGAAAUCAAAGAGUUGUUGUCAGUGUAGCCCACAGGUAGCAGAUCGCCAGAUGGAUCGACGACCGUCAGCAAACCGGCGGAAGCGAUCAGUAGAUUACAAAUCAAUUAGAAUAAUUUGCCCAAGUCAAUCGAGAAGCUCGAGAUUUGUGUACUUUAAUUCCCGCACAGUAUUAUCGCUCUCGAGUUCGCGAGACUGUUGGAACACCCGAUCCAAAUAGGAUGUUUUAGAAGGAUGUUCCCACCUCUCUGAUCAAUCAAGCAAGUGUUCGCUCCGACAGGCGUCAGUUCUCACCCGUGGAUCAUCGUAAGUCCCGGUGUCCCACGCGGCCGACAGUGCGGAAUCCUUCCCCUCUCUAACCCGGUCCAUAAUAUAUACAUAUGUACCUACUUCCAAUAUCGAGUUUCGGAUAUAAUCAACAUACGGAUACAUGGUCGAAGCAGUAUUGGCCUUUGUACUUAGAAAUGUCGAGGGGAGAAUUCGGAUCGUCUUGUCUUCUGAACCGGAAAGAUUUCGCUCAUUCGGAGCGGUUGUGGAAAAAUCGUCGAGGUACCUGAAAACAGAAGAGCUUUACCUUUUCCUACCGAACGAGAA